AUGCCUCACGUAGCACGAGCUCUCAACGUCCUCGUGGUCGGAGGUGGCCUCGGCGGUCUUGCCACCGCCCUGGCCCUGCAAACCGAUGGUCACUUAGUCCGCGUUAUCGACGCCGUCCCUGAGUUUGCGGAGGCUGGCGCGGGUAUUCGCGUCCCCCCAAACUCGAGUCGUCUGUUGAUGCGCUGGGGCGUUGGCGUCGAGAGCAUGAAGAAGUCGACUUCAAGCCGUUACCAGUUUCUUCGGUGGGAGGACGGCUCCACGAUGGUCGAGCUGCCCUUUGAAAAUAUUGUCGAGAUCCACGGUGCUCCUUACUAUCUGGUCCACCGUGCCGACCUACACGCCGCCCUUCUCGAGGCCGCCCAAAAGGCCGGGGUUGAAAUCCUCAACAACAAGCGCGUCGUCUCGUACGACUUUGAAGCUCCGAGUGCCACCACUCAGGACGGCGAAGUCUUCGCUGCCGACCUCGUCAUCUGCGCCGACGGCAUCAAGUCGGUCGCCCGUCCGCUGCUGACCGGCCAACCCGACAUCCCCCGUGAUACUGGCGAUGUUGCCUACCGCAUCUUGAUUCCAGGAGAGAAGCUACUGGCCGACGACGACUUGGCCGACCUCAUCAACGACCCCUGCACAACCUCAUGGUGUGGUCCCGACGCCCACCUGGUCGCCUACCCGAUCCGCAACGGCGAGAUGUACAACGUUGUCGUCUGCGCCACCUCGCACAACGAGACGACCGACGAGGUCUGGGUCGUCAAGGGCGACAACCGCGAACUGUGCAGCCGCUUCUCCAAGUGGGAGCCCCGUGUCCGGAAGCUCUGCGCACUCACAGGCGAGUUCAUGAAGUGGCGUCUCUGCGACUUGCCCGACCUUACCCGCUGGGUCCACCCUUCUGGCAAGGCCGUCCUGCUCGGCGACAGCUGUCAUCCCAUGCUCCCUUACCUGGCGCAGGGUGCUGCGCAGUGCUUCGAGGACGCUGCCGUUCUUCGACAAUGUCUCGCUCUCGAUAUCCCCCUCAGAGAGGGCCUGAAGCGCUAUGAAGAGAUCCGCAUGCCCCGUGCUUCUCUCAUCCAGGCCAAGACGCGUGAGCACCAGCACAUCCUGCAUAUAGAGGACGGGGCCGAGCAGCGGAAGCGCGACGAGGAGAUCAAGAUCAACAACGAACAGAACCCCAUCUUCUGGGGCUAUGACGACCGCCGCAAGUGGCUCUUUAGUCACGAUGCUGAGUUGCUGAACCAUGAGGGGGCCGGGCGAUUAGUUGUGCAGAGCACCACUGCUGCUGCUCAUUAA